AUGCGUGCUGCAAUGGAUCUCAUUCUCGCUGUGAUUGCCUCCGAUCCCCAAUCCUCCUCUUGCCCAAAUCUCUCCUACGCCGAUGUUCGUGGUCCAGUUUCCAGUGUCUAUCCCACAGGGUCUCCCUUUGCCUUUCCCUUUAUCACUACCACCCCCAGUAAUCUCCUUCUUCGUCCUGACGCCUCUUCCCUAGCUGCUGUCAACCCUUAUCUUCUGGGACCUCUCGCGGCUCCCCUGAACCCUAUGGAUGCUGCCUUGAUCCUGCAACUUGUCAAUGGCAGUGAUCAAUUGAGUGCAAUUCAGCAACAACAAGUUCAAGUACAGCAGCAGGCUCAACAAGUUCAACAGGCCCAGCAGAAUGCGGCGUUGAACACCUAUUUGCAGAUGGGUGGUGGAGCAGGCAAUUUGCCAACCGCUACGGGAGCUAUUGUCACUGCUAAUCAUCAUCAACAACAACAACAACAGCAACAACAAUCACAGCAGGCCUCGUCGGCGUCGCCACUGGCAACUGCUGCUGCAUCGCUGGGAUCGUUUUGCUCAAAUCCUGCUUUCCUUCCUGCCGCGAUGUUUGAUUCCCUCAUGCCAGCAGCUGUAGCAGCGGCAGCAGCCGGUGGACCACAGGCCCGUUUUCCACCUUCGCAGUACCUUAGCGGACGAGGUCCCUACACGACAGCUUACGCAGCUCCCCCCUUCAUGUCUAUUCAACAAUCAGCGCCAGCCUUCGCCAGUCCCUCUCCACCGUCUUCUGCCACUCCUGACGCGCCAACUCUUCAAGCCACUGCUGUUCUUGCCUCUGUAGCUCGAGGUGUUCCCAGUGGAGCUUCAACAAACCCCACCGCAGGUACUGCCCAAAGUGCUGAAGCAUUGGGAAUCUUUGACACGGGGCAGAGGAAUCCGAGUGAUGUUGUGGACGUUAACAGUGCCACUGUGGCGGCAUGGGAGGAAUGCACUAAGGGAGGAGGUGGAGGCGGUGAUCAGCAGGCCUACUUAACGGCUUCUGCAGCGGCUCUGAUGGGACUAUACGCGAGUGUUGGCGGAGUGGUGAACUCAAAUGCGGUUGUUGCAGCUCCGUCCGCAGCUGGGGCUCAAUUAUUGAGAUCUUCUACUGGAGGUGCCGGGGGUCUUUUAUACACAAGAGAAAUCCUAGUUCCUGAAAAUCUGAUUGGUCGUAUUUCCGGUCCUCAAGGUCGUUUAUUAAUUGAUCUGCAAACGCAAACAAAUACUCUCAUCCGAGUCUCUCCAAAACCUGUCUACAUCUCGGGUAUUCAAAGCAGGGUACUAGCUAUCUCCGGUGACCAAAUGAAUGCGAAUUACGCAGCCGCAAUAAUUGAGAACACUGUAGCUAUUGAACAGCUCAAUCAAUCAGUGCUUCGCCGACCCUACGAAGAGGCAAGUGUUGCCUACAUGAAUCAAACCUCAGGAAAGUCCAAUGGUGUCGCCCCUGAAAAUCCCGGUGAAUAUGUAUCUUCGGCUGAAAUUUCUGCUCCACCUAACGUCUCCUGUUCAGCCCAGGCUUCUCAUCCAUCGUCUAAGCAACCUGCAUUUUAA